AAUGGGUUGGGAAAUAGCUCUACACGACGGCGCCGGCGACAUUCCAUAUUCACUUCCACCGGAACGCCACCUACCUCGUGAAGAAACCCUCCGUCACUGCCUACAAAUCGGUGUCAAAGCUCUCAAAUCCAACAUGACUCCAUUAGAUGUCGUUGAACUUAUUGUUCGUGAGUUAGAAAACAUUCCACACUUCAAUGCUGGAAGAGGUUCUGUUCUCACCAACAAAGGGACCAUUGAAAUGGAAGCUUAUAUUAUGGAUGGUAACACUAUGAAAUGUGGUGCUGUUUCUGGUCUUAGCACUGUCGUUAAUGCAGUUUCUUUGGCUCGAUUGGUUAUGGAUCAUACUCCUCAUACUUAUCUGGAAUUUGAUGGUGCUGAGGAAUUUGUGAGACAACAAGGGGUUGAGACUUUAGAUUCAAGCCAUUUCAUCACUCCAGAAAAUAUUGAAAGACUAAUUCAGGCAAAAGAUAAAAAUAGGGUCUAG